AAAUCAGCUGUUCAAUCGAUUGUAUCACAUUAUAAAGAAAGGCUUUCCUGUCCAUCGUAUAUAAAAACCAGGUAUACAAAUAUCCUCGGGAACAUAUUGAUUCGGAUACAUCAUUUUGUAAAAAAGAUAAACCACGCAUUUAAUACUGUAUAGGUUUGAUUGGGAAAGCAGCAAUAAGAUGCUUGUCAAUACUGAAUUAUGAUUGGUUGAUUUUAGCGUUGUAUCCCAGACUACCAAGAAAAUAUUAGCAUAUUAAAGACGACCCGUUUGAUGCGUUUGUUAACACACUGAUCAGUUAAAUUGAGAUAGUUAACAUAACAUAAAUGCUAUCUAAGUAAUGCGGUGAGAGGGGAAGGAUUAAAAGUAUUAUAAGUACGGAAAACGAGGCUUGAUAUUUUAACGGUGAGUGUAUUCCGCUAAAAUACAUCCGCUAAACGACGACACGCAGUAAUACACACAAAUCAAUGUAGUCAGUACAUUGACUUUUAUUUAUAUUGCUGAUUUUAUUGAUACAGGAACAUUUACUUGGGAAUACUGAUGAUAACAAGCUAUUUAUUUUCUGUUACAAAUAUGCAUUGUAAUUAUUGAAGAUAGGUUUAUUAUAUUAAACUGAAGACGGAUCCAAUAUGUCGGAAAAAGGAAGUGAUUUUCCUGAGCUUGUUGAAUUAAAUGUUGGUGGUGUAUUUUACACAACUUACCUUUCUACAUUAACCAAGGAAAAAGAUUCAUUACUCGGACAAAUGUUUAAUGGUUCAUCAAAAACAAAAAUUGUCAAGGACAGCAAAGGAAAAUAUUUUAUUGACAGGGAUGGCGUUCUCUUUCGGUAUGUACUUGAUUAUUUGAGAAACCAGAAACUAACAUUACCAGAAAAUUUUCAUGAAAAAGAAAGACUUAAACAGGAAGCAGAAUACUAUCAGUUACCAAGUUUAGCAAAGUCAAUAACCAUAUCACUUCCAAAACUUGCUAGCAUAUCCAAUCGCAUUCCACCAAUCGCUAAUAGUAACUCGCUCUCUCCUAUAUCGGGGGAGAGCAGGGUACCAGCAUACAUAACUCUUGGAUACAGAGGAACUUUUGCAUUUGGCCGUGACGGAUUGGCUGACGUAAAAUUCCGAAAAUUAAGUAGGAUUAUUGUUUGCGGCAAAGUUUCUGUGUGUCGAGAGGUUUUCAAAGACACUUUAAAUGAAUCCCGAGAUCCAGAUCGCGGUGUCCAGGACAGAUACACUGCGCGAUUCUUUCUAAAGCAUACGUACUUGGAGCAGGCUUUAGACCAACUUGCAGAAGAAGGGUUCAAAUUAGUUGGGUGUUGUGGAUCAGGAACUAACAACGUUGGAGAGGUAAAAGCCGGAAUGGAUACGGAGGAGGCCCGAUGGCAACACUAUAACGAAUUUAUCUUUGAAAGAUAUUAAAUCGGGCAACGAUAUUUGUGAUGAUCAACGAAAUAUGUCUGGAGAAAACCGUUGAUCCGUGCAUAUUUGUUGAUCAAAUGAAAUAUAUGACUAAGAGUAAACCGUUGAUCUGUGUGUAUUUGUUGAUCAACGACAUGUGACUAGGAGAAAACCUUUGAUCCGUGUGUAUAUGUUACUCUAAAAAAUAAUAUGUUAACAGCUUCUAGUCCAGUAGUCGUUUAUAGAUCAUAAUUUUUGCAGGUGUAAAAUAAUUGUUAUAUUGUCUUUUGGUGUCUUUCAUUUCAAGAAACAGUAACGGUAAGCUUUGUAACAUCAGCUAUAUAGUAACUCUAUUCAUGUUAUCAGAAAGUACAUUUUACACAAUUUACGUUUAUAUAUUAGCAUACUUUAUGCAAUAAAAUAUUCACUUUUCAUGAAA